GGGAGGGAGAGAGAGAGAGAGAGAGAGAGGGAGAGAGAGAGAGGGUGAGGGAGGGAGAGAGAGAGAGCGCCAGACUGCUACGCCCCGACCGUUGGCUCGGCUGCCUGCUCUGUUCCACUGAAGCGCGUGGGCCGCGAGCCGUCUGAGCCAUGCUGAAGGGAGGGGCCGCCGCCAAGGGGGGCCUCCCCAAACCGGGCCUCCAGGAGAGGGCCCGGCUGCCGUCCGCCACCUCCGCCACGGGCAUGAAGAGCUCCAGGUCCUCCAGCACGCUGUCCACGGACCUGCGCCUGAGCAGGCUGAAGAGGGCGAGCAGUGAUGAUGCUCUGGCUAAGCCAGGUCUGGGAGCAGCAUCGGGGUCGCGCUUGAAGAAGACCGUCACCACAGGGGCCAUCUCUGAACUGGCAGACUCCCGGCCUCGCAGCCUGAGCGGGGUCCCGUCGGCCAAGAAGUCCGGGAUCCCCGCCCCCAGAGACAUGGCCCCCGCCAUAACCAGAGACAGGGUCUCCCUGCGGGAUCAGCUGCGCUCGGCGGGCCCCAAGAAGAUGAUCCCCAGCGCCAGCGCCUCGGGGCUCUCCUCGCUGGCCAAGCACCCCCGCGCCGCCCCCCCCCACAAGCCCAGAGCGGACGGCGAGGCCGGCGGAGACAAGGCCCUGCUGGAGUGCCAGGUCAAGGAGCUGCUGGCCGAGGCCAAGGCCAAGGAGUUCGAGAUCAGCAAGCUGCGCACCGAGCUGCAGCGCUGCCGGGGCCGGGCCCCGCCCGACGCCGGGUCCCCCGAGGGGCCCCCCGAGCCGGCCGGGGCGCUGCUGGAGGCGCAGCCGGCCGAGGUGCGGGCGCUGGUGGGCUCGCUGCGCGAGAAGAACGGGCGCUUCCAGCGGGAGCUGGCCGCCCUGCGGGAAGAGAACCAGGCCCUGAAGGAGAAGCUGCUGUCGCUGGAGCGCUCGCCGCUCUCCGGCGCCUCCUCCCCCGCCUCCCUGGCCAGCCCCGCCGAGCCCUCGCUCAACGGGGUCCUCCCGGACGCCGCCAACGGCGAGGGCCCGCUCAAGGCCUCCGCCUCCUCCGGCAGCGACGUCACCAAGGGCUCCCCGUCGCCCGACUCCUCCGAGUUCGAGAAGAUCCCCUCCAGUCCGACUCGGCCAGCAGCGGGGCGGGGGGGCCGGGCCGGGGCGCCGGGGGCGACGGGCGGCGCUCGCUGGGGGGGGCGGGACCUGUCGGUGGAGUGCCUGACGGAGCAGAUCCAGAAGAUGGAGGAGAGCCACCACAGCACGGCGGAGGAGCUCCAGGCCACCCUGCAGGAGCUCUCCGACCAGCAGCAGGUGGUGCAGGAGCUGACAGCGGAGAACGAGCGCCUGGCCGAGGAGAAGGGCCUCCUGCAGACCUCCCUGCAGCAGCAGCGCGAGCGCGUGGAGCUCCUGGCCCAGAAGAACGAGGCCCUGCUCGCCCGCCUCCAGGAGCAGGCCAAGAGCGAGGAGGCGGAGGCCCGGGCGGCCAGGGCCGCCGAGCUGGAGCAGCGCUACGGCGAGCUGGUGGAGAGCGCGCGCUUCGAGAGGGAGAAGCUGGUGGACAUCCAGCAGCAGCUGUCCGGCAGCCUCCGGGCCCUGGAGAAGGAGCACCAGGAGGCGCAGGCGCUGGUCCGGACCCUGAGGGAGGAGAAGGAGCUCCUCCGGGGCCGGCUGGCGAAGGAGCAGGAGGCCGGCGGGGAGGCCGGCCGGGCCCUGGAGGAGCAGCGGGCCUCCGGGGAGGCGCUGCGGGCGGAGAACGGGCGGCUGCGGGCGCAGGUGGAGGCGGAGCGGCAGAAGGUGCAGGAGCUGAAGGCCAUGCAGAGCGCCAGCGACAGCACCGAGCUGCAGGGCCUGCUCAAGGCCGCCCACGCCGACAAGGAGCGGCUGGAGCUGGGCUGCGGCGAGCUGAGGCAGGAGCUGGCGCAGGCGGCCGCCGAGACCGAGCGCGUGCAGGGGUUGCUCGCCAAGGCGGAGGCGGAAUGCCAGCGGCUGCAGGAGCGCAGCGAGCAGCAGGAGCAGGACCGCAGCAGCAGUGUGCAGAGCCUGGAGGAGCGGAUCCAGGAGAAGGAGACGCAGGUGAAGGACCUGAAGGACACCAUCUUCGAGCUGGAGGACCAGGUGGAGCAGCACACGGCCGUCCGGCUCCACACCAACCAGACCAUCGUGGACCUGGAGAAUAAAGUCAGGAAGCUGGAGGAGCAGAAGUUUGAACUGGAGAGGCAGCUGAAAGCUCUGAGCAAGCAGAUGAAGGACGAGACGGCGGAGUGGCUGCGCUUCCAGGCCGACCUGCAGACGGCCGUGGUGGUGGCCAACGACAUCAAGGUGGAGGCGCAGCAGGAGCUGCGGGCGCUCCGCCGGCGUCUGCAGGAGGAGCAGGAGCACAGCGCCAAGCUGGCGGGGGAGCUGGAGCAGCUGCAGGGGAGCAGGUCCAGGGGCGAGGAGGCGGGCUCCUCGGACGCGGACGGCGCCCCCCACUGGUGCGGGAUCUCCAUGAGCCAGGCCCCGCCCUCCGUCGCCGCAGAGCCGGGAGCCACCGUCAAGUCCCUCAUCAAGUCCUUCGACUCGGCCGUGCAGAGUGGGCCUGGGCACACGGUGCAGGUGCACUCCGUCCCCAGGAGCCCCCUGAGCGGCAUCCCCGUCCGCACCGCCCCCGCCGCCGCCGUCUCCCCCAUUCAGAGGUUGUCGUCCAUCAAGCCGCUUUCUAAAACUCUGGAGAAGAGAAUCAGCCACGGAGAUUUCUCUCAUCCAGACAGGCUGUCGGGCCCGGGGGAGGAGCUGAAGCCCAGCAGCCUCAUGAGGAAGAGCCCCUCCCUGGAGUCCGUCAUCAAGACCCCCGCCACCCUGAGCAGCCGCACCUCCUCCUACCCCAAGGCCAACAGCAAGCUCAGUGUGGAAAGAAGAGACCCCUUGGCCGCCCUGGCUCGGGAGUACGGAGGAUCUAAGAGGAACGCUCUUCUGAAGUGGUGCCAGAAGAAAACAGAGGGCUAUCCGAACAUUGACGUGACCAACUUCAGCAGUAGCUGGAGUGACGGCCUGGCGUUCUGUGCCCUCCUGCAUACCUACCUGCCUGCGCACAUCCCCUACCAGGAGCUCAUCAGCCAGGACAAGAAUAGGAACUUAACCCUGGCCUUUCAAGCAGCCGAGAGUGUGGGCAUCAAGCCUUCCCUGGAUAUCAGUGAGAUGAUGCACACGGACAGGCCGGACUGGCAGAGCGUCAUGCAGUAUGUCUCCCAGAUCUACAAGUAUUUUGAGACCUGACCAGAGGAGGAGUGCACAAGCACAGCUGCACUUUGAGCCCAGACUGUAACACCCCCGCGACCUCCGACCUCUGACCCAUCCUCCAGCUCACCUUCAUCUCCUGUUCUCUCAAUCCUUUUUGGAAGCUUGCGUUCCGUUUGAGUUCUUAGGGUUAAGAUAUUUUUUUUGCACACGUGAUUUACCAACAGUCAACAAUAAGAGACUUUGAGUUGAAAUACUUAAUACAGCAUAAACAACACUAGCUCCAUACACACACAAAAAAAAACAUUUUAUGCUACUCACUAUUUUGUGGAAAUAUGAAGACAUUGUGUUUCCAGUGUUUGAACACUAACCCAGCUUCACUGAUCGUCUCUCACGAGAAAAAAAUAUAUUUAUUUAUACAACAUAUUGUAUUGUUCCAGAAUGUUUCAAAUUAUUCUGCUAUGAAUGAUGCAGGUCCUGAAUAUCAGUUUUUUUUUGUAUUUGCUUUUGAGUUUUUGGCUUGAGAAGUUAAAGCCACUACUGGACUUCAGAUGGGAUUGUUGAUAAUAAAGGCUUUUGUCCAACAUCAAA